AUGGCAACCAAGUCCGCAUUUAAGCGAUUGACAAAGGAAUACAUGGAGAUUGAGAAGAAUCCUCCACCUUUCAUCGUCGCCAAACCAUUGGAGAGUAACAUUUUGGAAUGGCAUUAUGUGAUUCGUGGUCCACCUGAUACACCUUAUGAAGGCGGUGAAUACUAUGGACGAUUGACGUUCCCAUCUGAGUAUCCAUUCAAGCCGCCUGCCAUUCGCAUGACGACCCCUUCUGGACGCUUCCAACCCGACACACGUCUUUGUUUGACUAUGAGCGACUUUCAUCCUAGUUUAUGGAAUCCUAGCUGGUCGGUUGCCACUAUUUUGAAUGGUCUAUUGAGUUUCAUGACUACCGAUGAGACGACUACCGGAAGUAUCAAAACCACAGAUGCAGAGAAGCGUGUCUUUGCAGCACGAUCACACCGAAUCAAUCUAAAGAAUGCAAAGUUCAAAGAGGUGUUUCCUGAAUUGUGUACACUCGAGUUGGCACCUUUACCCAAUGCACCAACGAAGCCAUCCACUACGCAAAGGAUAGUGCGUCCCAAGCCAUCUCAACAACAACAAUCUCCUGGUACUACUACAACACAACAACAACAUCAUCAUCAACAACAUCCACAGCAACAAACGGCAAUAGCCAGAACUGUUAGUCAAUGGCGUCGAUGGGCGUUGAUCCUUGUGGUCUUUAUUUACCUCGUUCUCUCAAAGUUGGCUGCAAGGUCAACCACCACAGCAACAACAACCCCUGGCACUGGUGGCGAGCUGUAA